AUGGAUGAGCUCGCAGCCACCCAAGGCCUGUCGUUCAGGCACGCGAUAGGACUGCUAGCUGCUAUUGCCGUCAUCUACCGGCUCGGCCUCAUACUAUACAGGAGCUACUUUGAUCCUCUGUCCAAGUUCCCAGGCCCCAAGCUUUACGCCAUCAGCUAUUUGCCGUAUAUCCUCAGGAACAACGUUUACGGUACAUUUUACAAUGACGUUAAAAAGCUGCACGACAAAUACGGCCCUAUCGUCCGCAUCAGCCCCAACAGGAUUUCGAUGGACGGCUCGAUCGCUUGGCAGGCGGUAUUCGCUCGCCGUCCUAAUCAGCCCGAGUUCGGAAAAUACGCUCCCUUUUACAAGUCCCACGGCGACGUUGUCGGUAUUUUUUCAGCACCUCGAGAACAACACCGUCUUCAGCGCCGCAUCAUGGGGCACGCGUUUUCGGAAGCGGCUCUGAGAGAGCAAUGGCAUCUUAUCAAGAGAUACGUCGACCUUCUCAUGAUGCGCUUUGGGGAACUGGCUGAUGCCGACAAGCCAGCCAACGUGACCCGGUGGUAUAACUACUUUACGUUUGAUGUCAUGGGCGAUUUGGCAUUCGCCGAUCCUUUCAACUCACUCGAAGCUGGCAAUUUCCACCCGUGGAUCGCCAUGAUCUUCUCGUCUGUCACAACGUUGUCUCGACUGCAUCUGAUAAGGCAGUACCCAAUCCUCCGUCCGUUCCUCGGGCUCCUGGUAAACAUGGAAGAUUUGAAACGCGCCGCAGAACAUGAGAGUCUCACCGUCAACAAGGCCGAGAAACGUAUCGCGAUGGGGACGGCCACAGAUCGCAAGGACUUCAUGUCGUACAUUUUGCAGAGAAACUCGGGCGAGAAGCAAGCCAUGUCUCACCGUGAUUUGCUGACCAACGCCGAAGGUUUUAUCGUCGCCGGUUCCGAGACCACCGGCACGGCGCUGUGCGGCACUACUUACCUCCUUGGACGGAACCGCCGUGCUUACGACAGCUUGGUCUCCGAGAUACGCAAUGCCUUUACGACCGAGGAGGAGAUCGACAUGAUCAGCACCGCCAAGCUCGUGUAUCUGCACGCGUGUCUGGAGGAAGGCAUGCGCCUGUACCCCCCGGCGGUCGAGACCCCGCCGCGCAUCUCGCCGGGCGACUACCUGAACGACGAUCUGUACAUACCCAAGGGCACCAUGGUUUCCGUCCAUCAGUGGGCGACGUACCGGUCGGCCGCCAACUUCACCGACCCCGAGACCUUUGCUCCGCAGCGCUUCCUGCCCCCGACGCAUCCGUUGUACGAGGAAAAGUACGCCUCGGACAACAAGAAGGCCUUCAGGCCUUUCUCUGCGGGGCCCAGGGACUGCAUCGGCAAGAACUUGGCUUAUGCCGAAAUGAGGGUCGUCAUGGCCAGGAUGCUUUGGAAUUUUGAUUUCGAGCUGGCGCCGGGCCAAGCCGGGUGGAUGACAAACCAGCAGGUUCUCAAUAUUUUCAAAAAGCCCGAUUUGAACGUCAAGUUCACUCGCGUUUCGCGCUGA